AUUCUGUACUCACUGAAUGGCUUUCUGAUUACAUUUCAGGUUCAUAUGGCCUGUGUAAUGCAAGGGCGUAGAGUUGGAGUGGCAUACUAUGAUUCAGAUACACGCCAACUUUUUGUGUUAGAAAUCUGGGAAGACAGCGUUGGGGAAUUUCCUCUGAUUGAUCUUGAAAAUGAACCUUUGGGAUUCGUGGAAAAUGAAACCAUAUAGCUGACACUUUGUGAUCCUGGUUUUACAUCAGUGAAAUUUCAGUCAAAAGCGAGCACAAUAUACACAAGCACAAAAACAGAAGAAGCACUUUUGUCGGCUUUACAAAGGAAUGAUGGUAACGGUGAGGCUCCUGUUGUGAAGCUCACGAAAAGCUCAACAUUCAGCUAUGAGCAAGCCUGGCACAUGUUAGCUGCUUUAUAUACUGUUCACAAAACCUGGCACUUCUUAAAUAUAGUAAGAAGUGUUAUUUCUGUAGCUUACAAUAUUCCUUACAUCAGUAUAUAAGAUCGUCAAAUAUUGUCUUGAUCUGCAUAGUGCAAAAUUUACAAAUACACUAAAUUGUUCGACAUGCUUUUGGAUUGCUCUUGUAUUCCUUCUUGAACAUGUAGCGACCAAAUCCGUUAUGCUUUGGUGCAAAAUUGCUUCACUUUAGUAGUAUGUAUACGAUGAUGAGGUUUUGACAUUAUUAAUUUGCAACGGAAUAAGCAUAACAAGGUCACUAGAACAAAGUGGUGGAAGCUUAAAGGGGAUGUGGCUCAAACUUUCAAGGAGAGAGAUAUCGAGGAGGGCCCUUGGGCAGAAGAGGGAGACACAAACAUCAUGUGGAGGAAGAUGGCGACAUGCAUCCAAAAGAUAGCUUCAGAAGAGUUUGGGUUGAGUCAAGGAAACAGAAGGAAAGUUAAAGACACUUGGUGGUGGAACGAAGAUGUCCAAAAGGCUAUCAAGGAGAAGAUAGAUUGCUACAAACGCUUACAUCAUGACAAGUGUGCAGACAAAAUAGAGAAGUACAGGAUAGCGAAGAAGUCUGCAAAGCGAGCGGUUAGUAGAGCUCGGGGUCAAGCCUAUGACGACCUUUAUCAACGGUUGAACACAAAGCAGGGAGAAAAGGAUAUCUAUAGGAUGGCCAAGAUACGUGAAAGGAAGACAAGGGAUGUCAACCAAGUCAAAUGCAUCAAGGAUGAAGCAAACCAACUAUUAGUGAAGAAUGAGGAGAUGAAGAACAGAUGGAAGGAGUACUUCAACAAAUUGUUCAAUGGAGGGAAUGAGAGUUCCACAAUAGAAUUGGACGAACCAUUCGAUGACAACAACAGGGGUUUUGUACGAAGGAUACAAGAAUAUGAAGUUAAGGAGGCGCUAAAAAGGAUGAAGGUAGGAAAGGCGAUGGGCCCUGAUGGUAUCCCUAUCGAGGUAUGGAGAUGCCUUGGAGACAUAGCGAUAGUAUGGGUGACUAAGCUUUUCAACACCAUCUUUCGGACAAACAGAAUGCCCGACGAGUGGUGGUGGAGUACGUUAGUACCAAUCUUCAAGAACAAAGGAGAUGUUCAAAGUUGUACUAAUUAAUCUUAUUAAUUAGUGUAAUGUGGUGGGCCUUGGAAAAACACAAAGCAUCAACAAAGUACAUUAAUCUUAUUAAAGAUAUGUACACUAAUGUUGUGACAAGUGUCCGAACAAGUGAUGGAGACACCGAUGACUUUCCAAUUAACAUAGGACUACAUCAAGGGUCGGCUUUGAGCCCUUAUCUUUUCGCUUUGGUGAUAGAUGUGGUCACAAGGGACAUACAAGGAGAUAUACCGUGGUGUAUGCUUUUUGCCGAUGAUGUGGUACUUAUUGAGGAGAUUAGGAGUGGUGUUUCGCAAAAGUUGGAAUUGUGGAGGCAGACGCUGGAAGCAAAAGGUUUUAGGCUUAGUAGGUCUAAAACAGAGUAUAUGAAGUGUGAUUUUAGUGCCAUGGGGUAUGAGGAUGGCGAUGUUAGUCUUGAUGGGCAAGUGGUACCCAAGAAAGACACUUUUCGUUACUUAGGAUCAAUGCUUCAGAAGGAGGGAGACAUCGAUGAUGAUGUCAGUCAUAGAAUUAAAGCUGGAUGGUUGAAGAAGCGGGAAGCUGCAUGUGUCUUAUGUGACCCCCGGGUGCCACACAAACUAAAAGGCAAAUUCUACAGGACAGCAAUCCGGCCGGCUAUGUUGUAUGGAGCAGAAUGUUGGCCCACUAAAAGACGACAUGUCCAACAACUAAGUGUGGCAGAGAUGCGUAUGUUGCGCUGGAUAUGUGGCCACACAAGGAGAGAUCGAGUCCGGAAUGAUGAUAUACGAGAGAGAGUAGGAGUGACGCCAAUUGAGGAGAAGCUUAUGCAACAUCGUUUGAGAUGGUUUGGAUAUAUCCAACGAAGACCUGAAGAGGCACCAGUGCAUAUCGGAAUAAUUAGGCGUCCCGAGAAUGUGAAGAGAGGUAGAGGUCGACCAACCUUGACGUGGACAGAGGCUGUGAAGAGGGACCUGAAGGAGUGGAAUAUUGAUAAAGAGCUCGCCGUGGAUAGGAAGGGGUGGAAGUGUGCAAUUCACGUGCCAGAACCCUGAUUUGUAGUUUCGCUUUUCCUCAAUCGUUUGACCUUUUCUUGUGCCCCUUUAGAUCUUGCUGGUUCUUGUGGGUUUUAUCUCUUUUUAUGUGUUUCCCCGUUUCGUCGUUUUUCGGUUCUCCUUUGCCUUUGUCUCCCUUUUCUUUUCUUUGGGGGUUGAGCUCUGAGGUUUUCAUAUGGGGUUUCAUCUCUAGCCUACCCCAACGUGCUUGGGACAAAAAGGCUUUGUUGUUGUUGUAAUCAGAAUUCAGAACACUCCAUUAGCUGAACAUCUACAACCAAACAUGCUUAGUCUGGCCCAUUUGGAAAAAAGGGACAAGAAGCUAUGUGAUGACCUAUGCUAUGACUAUCAAUUUUCUCUUUGUGUAUAUCUCUAUUCUGGGAACUUGUAAGUGAAGAAACAAAAUAACAAGCACAAUUUCUUGUAAAGUUCACCAUAAUUAGUAACGACCAAGCCUCAUAGUAUUUUUGCUAUAUCUCUCAAUGACAUAUUUAAGCUGAUAACUUGAUGAUGUAGUACUCUGUAUGCAUAUCUAAACUGCAGAUUGAUCUACUUGAAAGUUGCAGCUAUGGAUGAUGGACUAAGUGCAAAAGAAAGGAUAUGCUUUCUUAAUUCCAUGAUGGAUCUUGGAAGCGAUGUUCAAGUUCGUGCUGCUGGAGGUCUCCUAGCAAUAUUAGACAAUGAGAGACUUCUUGACACCAUUGAGCAGAUGGAAGGUGGAGCAUCCAUUGCGAUCGAUUCUGUGCUAGCAUUGAAUGCCUUGACUUAUACUCACAGAGACAAGUUCCUUAAACUUGAUGCAACUGCUCAUGAAGCACUACAUAUUUUUCAAGUAGAUAAACACCCUAGUUACAUGGGAAUUGGAAGGGCUAAAGAAGGGUUCUCAGUUUUUGGCAUGCUCAACAAGUGUGUCACGCCAAUGGGAAGACGCCUCUUGAGGGCAUGGUUCCUACGUCCUAUAAUUGAUAUUGAUGCCAUAAAUAAUCGCCUCAACACAAUAACAUUCUUUCUUUGCUGUGAAGAAGUAAUGUCUGCAUUGCGUGAGACUUUAAAGUCUGUCAGAGAUGUUCCCCGCAUGCUUCAGAAGUUCAACUCUCCAAAUUCCUUCUGUACAAGCAGUGAUUGGAACACAUUUCUUAAGUGUAUUUGCUCUCUGCUGCAUAUAAACAAGAUUUUUGAAGUAGGAAUAUCAGAGCAUCUGGCAAUUAAGUUGCAACAUAUGAACAUUGAUUUGAUUGGAAAGGCAAAUUCUUCUAUUACAGCAGAGCUGGAUUACAUGUCAGACCUGGUUCAUAUGGCCUGUGUAAUGCAAGGGCGUAGAGUUGGAGUGGCAUACUAUGAUUCAGAUACACGCCAACUUUUUGUGUUAGAAAUCUGGGAAGACAGCGUUGGGGAAUUUCCUCUGAUUGAUCUUGUGAAAUUUCAGUCAAAAGCGAGCACAAUAUACACAAGCACAAAAACAGAAGAAGCACUUUUGUCGGCUUUACAAAGGAAUGAUGGUAACGGUGAGGCUCCUGUUGUGAAGCUCACGAAAAGCUCAACAUUCAGCUAUGAGCAAGCCUGGCACAGAUUGAUCUACUUGAAAGUUGCAGCUAUGGAUGAUGGACUAAGUGCAAAAGAAAGGAUAUGCUUUCUUAAUUCCAUGAUGGAUCUUGGAAGCGAUGUUCAAGUUCGUGCUGCUGGAGGUCUCCUAGCAAUAUUAGACAAUGAGAGACUUCUUGACACCAUUGAGCAGAUGGAAGGUGGAGCAUCCAUUGCGAUCGAUUCUGUGCUAGCAUUGAAUGCCUUGACUUAUACUCACAGAGACAAGUUCCUUAAACUUGAUGCAACUGCUCAUGAAGCACUACAGAUUUUUCAAGUAGAUAAACACCCUAGUUACAUGGGAAUUGGAAGGGCUAAAGAAGGGUUCUCAGUUUUUGGCAUGCUCAACAAGUGUGUCACGCCAAUGGGAAGACGCCUCUUGAGGGCAUGGUUCCUACGUCCUAUAAUUGAUAUUGAUGCCAUAAAUAAUCGCCUCAACACAAUAACAUUCUUUCUUUGCUGUGAAGAAGUAAUGUCUGCAUUGCGUGAGACUUUAAAGUCUGUCAGAGAUGUUCCCCGCAUGCUUCAGAAGUUCAACUCUCCAAAUUCCUUCUGUACAAGCAGUGAUUGGAACACAUUUCUUAAGUGUAUUUGCUCUCUGCUGCAUAUAAACAAGAUUUUUGAAGUAGGAAUAUCAGAGCAUCUGGCAAUUAAGUUGCAACAUAUGAACAUUGAUUUGAUUGGAAAGGCAAAUUCUUCUAUUACAGCAGAGCUGGAUUACAUGUCAGACCUGGUAGUUGGUGUGAUUGAUGUUCAACGGGGUAAGGAGAAAGGCUAUGAAACCAUGGUGAAAGAAGGGUUAUGUGAUGAGCUGGAUGAGCUGAGGAUGGUGUAUGAAGGUUUACCUGACUUUCUGGAGCAGGUGUCAGAUAAUGAAAACGCUUCUUUACCUUUCUCAUUUGGAUGCAGAAUACCUCCACUAAUAGUCUAUGUACACCAAAUAGGAUACCUAAUGUGCUUUUUCGACGAGAAGAUUAGUGAUGCCUUGUUGGCAGGACUUCCAGAUUACGAAUUUGCGUUUUCAGAGGAAGGUGAGGAGAGAAGGUUCUACUAUCAUACUCAAAAGACUAGAGAACUGGACAACCUUCUUGGAGAUAUUUAUCAUAAAAUUCUUGACAUGGAGAGAGCUAUCAUAAGGGAUUUAGUGUGUCGCGUCCUUCAAUUUAUACCUCAACUGACAAAAGCAGUGAACUUUGCCGCAGAACUUGAUUGUAUUUUAUCAUUAGCAACUGUUGCCCACCAAAACAAUUAUGUGAGGCCCAUCUUAACUGAAGAUUCAAUACUCGAGAUACAUAAUGGCAGACAUGCUUUGCAGGAAAUGACUGUUGAUACCUUUAUUCCAAAUGAUACCAAAAUUCGUGAUGCAGGAAGAAUAAACAUAAUAACUGGGCCCAACUACUCAGGAAAAAGCAUUUACAUUAAGCAGGUGGCCUUGAUAGUCUUUCUUGCUCAUAUCGGAAGCUUUGUUCCUGCUGAUUCUGCUAUUGUUGGAUUGACAGAUAGGAUAUUCUGUGCAAUGGGAAGCAAAUCCAUGACAACCGAACAGUCAACUUUUAUGAUUGAUUUACAUCAAGUUGGAACAAUGCUCAGACAUGCAACAUCGAGGUCACUUUGUUUGUUGGAUGAAUUCGGUAAGGGCACCCUAACGGAAGAUGGCAUUGGUCUGCUUGGAGGUACUAUCAGUCAUUUUGCAAACUAUGGUUCCCCCCCAAAGGUCCUUUUGUCAACACAUCUGACAGAGAUCUUCACCGAGAAUUACCUACCACAGUGUGAACAUAUCAAAUGUUAUGCCAUGAGUGUUCUGAAUCCUGAUGGACAGACGAGCAAUGAAGAUAUCACAUUCCUUUAUCGACUGGUACCUGGGCAAGCUCUCUUAAGCUUUGGUCUGCAUUGUGCACAGCUUGCUGGUGUUCCAAAUGAAGUCGUCCAGAGAGCUGGCAUUGUUUUGGAGGACAUGCAUUCCAAGAAACCUACGAGGCGCGUGACCAGUGAGAAAUUAACAGCAACAGACAAGCAGUACCAGGAUGCAGUGACUAAACUGAUGGCCUUCGAUACACAGAAAGGUGACCUGAACAGCUUCUUCCAGGAACUAUUUCCCGUCGACUUGUAGCUCUGGAAAUCAAGACUUGUCGCCAGCACUGGAACCUAGUAGAGGAAAAAGAGUGAAUUCCAUGUAGCGCCGUUAGCAGCUUUACAUGUCUACUUAUCGUGCUUGUUUCAGUGUUGUUCGGAUGCCCAUCCUGUCAAGCUAUCGCGUGAAUGGAACGGUCAGAUCGGUUUGUAGUUUUAGCGCAUACUCCGUAUUGAUGUAUCUGAACUCUCGUGGCUUGCCGCUUGGAUUUACGUAUGACACAAUGGAGCGAGAUGCCGAGGUUACAGUAUAACGUUUCAAUACCUUCUUCCUUCA